GCAGCAUUAAUAUUAAUACUUACUGGAAGUUUAUCAACUAAGCCAAUCGGUAAACUUAGACUGGGGAAUUCACCUAAACUGGCUAAAAGCAACAAAUUAUCGCUUCAAUGGGUUUCACUCCCAAUAAAAAAAAAAGUGCUAUGCUCAACUUGGGGUGCUUUGCUAUUCGGACUAGGAAAAAGUAAAAAAUCAUAG